GUUAAUUUCGCCGCUGUAACUCGCGCGAGCCAAGCGGCGGCCCAGCGCUAAUCUCUUAGAGUGCGCCGAGCUGGGCCUCUGCCAGGUUGCAGCAAUCGCCGUUCGCUACGGCGGUGGCGUCUGGCUGGCAGUAGCUGAGUGCCGACUCGCCCGGUAGCGGUUACCCCCCUCGGUCGGUCUCCGCGCCGCGGUCCAGUUGCAGGAACCUCCCACGCGCGUUUAGCCGGCACGCUCACCGUGGGCGUUGUCCCGCCUGGCGAGUUGGGGAGGUGGUGGGGGGGGGGCUGAUACGCCUCUGAAAGACGGCGUCUGCCUUCGCGCCCCGUUGCUUGCUGCCAUCUGGUUCCACUGCUGUGUCUGUCUGUGUGUGUCUGCGUGCGUGUCUGUGUGCGACGGAGAUUUAUCUGUACGUUCUGCCAAGCUUUGCUGACGACCGGGAGAAAUGUUGCCGCGAAAACCUCCGUGCGCCCUUCUGAGGGCCCUGGCGAUACUGUGCGUCGGCGUCGUGACGUCCCUGUCGCAGGACAUCCCCCUGCAGACCAAAUUUCUUGAAAGUGUCGAACAGCCGCCCACGAUCACGAAGCAGCCGCCCAAGGUCUACUUUGUCGAUCCCACGGACGACAUCCACAUCGACUGCGAGGCCAAGGGGAAUCCUGCUCCCAGCUUCACCUGGACUAAGGACGGGGAGCACUUUGACCCGAGCCUCGACCCCAACAUCGCGCUGACCAACAACAACUCGGGCUCAUUCAAGGUGCACAAGUCGAACGGCGUCCUCAACAAGAAGUAUGAAGGCGACUACCAGUGCAUCGUGUCGAACGCCGUGGGAAAGGCGCUCUCCGAAAAGAUACGUCUCCGCCUGGCCAGUACACCGAAGUGGCCUAAAGAAGUCCUGGAACCGAAGAGGGUGGAUCAGGGAAGGUCCGUGGUCCUGCCCUGCAAUCCACCCUUCGGACUGCCGCCUCCCAUUAUCUACUGGAUGACGAGCACACUCGACCACAUCCGUCAGGACCGCAGGGUGACGCAGGGGCUCAACGGCGACCUGUACUUCGCGAACGUGAUUUCGUCGGACAGCCGAGAGGACUACACGUGCUACGCCCAGUUCAAGGCGUCGCGCACCAUCAUCCAGAAGGAGCCCAUCAAGCUCCAAGUGAACCCGCUUGCCGUUCAUAAUGAUUCAUUGGCAACUAAUGUGGAUGGGAAGCAGUUAGGUGGUGACCGUCUGCAAAAUCGUCCGGCCAGGAUGCUGACCCCUCACGGGAAGAGCAGCAGCAAGCACGCGCUGAGAGGGGACGACCUGCUGCUGGAAUGCAUCGCCGAGGGGCUUCCGACGCCAUACAUCACUUGGCGCAAGUUGGACGGCAGCCUUCCCCAGGGCACGCUGAGCUUGGAGAACUUCAACAAGACUCUGCGCAUCUCGCCCGUGUCGCUGAGAAACGCCGGCCAGUACGAGUGCACGGCCAGCAACACCCAGGGCACCGACAAGCACGUGUUCGACGUCACGAUUGACGCCGCUCCGUACUGGACAUCGAAGCCGGAGGGGAAGACGGUUGUUCCAGGAGAUGAUGCCAACCUGUACUGCGAGGCGGAUGGCAAACCCAAGCCCAAGAUCCAAUGGCUCAUCAACGGCGUUCCUGUGGAAGAGGUGCCGUACAACCCCAACCGCAUCGUCAGGGGGGACCUCGUCACGCUGAAACGGCUCCCGAUAGGUGGCAGUGCCGUGUACCAGUGCCAAGCAACGAACAGGCACGGCUCAUCCCUCGCCAACGUCUUCGUCAAUGUGCUGGCGGUGGCCCCACUCAUACAAACGGAAAACAACAAGGUUUACGAGGUGGUGGAAAACAAUGCGAUCGCCCUGGAGUGCAAAGCGUUUGGCUCACCCAAGCCUGUGAUGCAAUGGUCCAAGGAGAAGAAUGAAAAUGUCGUCUACGCAAACGGAAACCUCUUCAUCCAGAGGACCACCAAGAGCGACCAAGGGCUGUACACGUGCACUGCGACCAAUGAGCUCAACUCGACAAGCAUUCAAGCCUACCUCAUCGUCAGAGACGCGACGAGGAUCAAGCCGAUGGCGUCUCGGCGGGUGGAGAGGCUCAAGGACACUCGGUUCGUGUGCAACGUCUCCUCCGACGAAAACCUCAGCCUCAACGUCUCCUGGGAGAAAGACGGCACGGCGCCGAUCGUCAGCAGCAGGGUGGCGGUGGACGGAGGCGUGCUCACCAUCGAGGGCGUCACCGAGGAGGAUGGCGGCGUCUACACCUGCUUCGCCGAGACCUCGCUCGACCGACACUCCGCCUCGGCCAAGCUCACCGUGCUCGACCGGCCGGCCGCCCCCACGAAGCUCACCCUCUCUGACCUCGGCGAUCGCAGCGUGGAGCUCCAGUGGGCUCCGGGCGACAGCCACAACAGCCCCAUCUCAGGUGUGACGGUGCAAUUCGAGGAGGACAAGCACCGCCCCGGCGAUUGGCAGACGCUCGACAACUUCACGGGCAACGUGAGCUCGGCCAGGCUGCAGCUGCGUCCGUACGUGAACUACCGCUUCCGGCUGAUCGCGCACAACGAGCUGGGACCAAGCAAUGCCAGCGAGCCCUCAGAGCGAUACUUCACGCCGCCGUCCACACCCGACAUUGCGCCAUUUGGCGUGAAAGCAGAAGGGACCGAUCCAGACAAGAUGACCAUAUCUUGGAAACCACUGGAUGCCCUGGAUUCAAAUGGCCCGGAGCUGCAGUACAAAGUGAGCGUGCGACAGAAGGGAUCUGGCGAUGACUGGCGGGAAGAGCUGGUGAGCGGGAACGAGUCCCAGUACGUGCUGGCCGGCACGCCACCCUUCACGCCCUACGAAGUCAAAGUGCAAGCCGUCAACAACCAGGGCAAGGGGCCCGAACCGCUGGUCAUCGUCGGCUUCUCUGGAGAGGCCGUUCCACGCACGGCACCGAAGAAGGUGACGUGCGACGUGGUGAACAGCACCGUGAUCAGGGUCUCGUGGGAGCCACUCCGCCAAGAAGAUGUGCUCGGUCGGCUUCAAGGUUAUAAGAUUUACUACUCGAAGGUGAGGGGGCUGCAGGAGAGGAGGCGACGUCACACGGGCAAGAAGGUGCUGGAAUUUCACGGCGCCAGGAACUCGGGAAUGCUGCCCGGCCUUGAGCCGUUCAGCACCUACAGCGUUGAGGUGGCGGCGUUCAACAGCAAGGGAGAGGGGCCGUUGAGUCACCCCAUCACCGCCAACACUCCAGAGGGAGUUCCUGGAAAAGUUGUUGGCCUACAAGUUACUCAGGCCACUUUGAAUUCCGUGACACUGGAGUGGAAGCCGCCAGCAGAACGCAACGGUAUCCUUACCGGAUAUACCCUGACAUACGAAUACAUUAACAGCACCACGCAGGAGCUGGGGCCAAGUAAAACAGAAAGCAUCCCGGCGAACGUGACCUCGUGGCGCGUGACCGAUCUGGAGCCACAGAGCAAGUACAAGUUCUACUUGGGCGCUCAGACCAACGCCGGGUCUGGGAUCUUGAUCACGGAAGAGGCCCAGACCGUUAUGGAUGUCGGUGAUUUUAACCGUGCUGUUCAGACAGAAAUGGCAGCUCCGAAACCACCUUCGCUGCAGAGAGGGAGUCACAUCGUCGGGAAGAACUUCGCCAACAUCUCGUGGCUUCCCAGCGAUGGGCGGGAGCAGUACGUGGUCCAGUACCAGAAGAAAAAUGGCGAUGACGACGAUUGGAAGAAUUCCUCUACCCUGGAUUCUUCGACCAACUUCUUUGUCCUCGAGGACCUCCAGCCGGGGACAACUUACAACAUCCGCGUCAUCGCACGCAACGACUAUGGGCACACCGUGAGCGAGGAGGACUUUGUGGAAACCAUCGGCACGGCAUACCCUACGAGGUCAGUGGACCUAGCUACUCAGGCGUGGUUCAUCGCGCUGCUGUGCUUGAUAGCCCUCCUCAUCCUCAUCCUGCUCAUCAUUUGCUUCAUCAAGAGGAACAAAGGCGGCAAGUAUUCCGUCAAAGACAAGGAAGAUGCCAGAGCAGAUCCUGAUAUAAAACCCACGAAAGAGGAGACGUUUGGUGAAUACAGACCGCUCGAAAGCGACAACGACGAGAAGCCGCUGGCCGCGAGCAUGCCGUCACUCAACGGCUCGGUGCCGCACGGCGAGAGCGAGGACAGCCUGGCGCAGUACGGCGACGGCGUCGAGGGGAUGUUCAACGAGGACGGCUCCUUCAUCGGGCAAUACCGCGGCAGCAAGGAGCGUGUCUCCUCCACCGUGGACGGGGGCCCGGCGGGGGCGCCGCCGCUGCCGCCCGCUGGCUCGGCCGCUACGUCGCCCGUCGCCCCCACGGCCUGAGGCCGCCGUCGCCCCCACGGCCUGAGGCCGCCGCCGCGCGAGCGAGCCGGGGGCGUUUUUUUUUUUUUUGGAGGGGGGACGGGGGGACGGGCCUGCGAGAUUCGGUCACGCUUCAUUUAGCCGUGGCGGGGCUGGACGGGGGGGGGAGGGGAGGGGAAUGACCGUGACCGGCACGCUGCGGAGCACGGCGCCCCCGCCCCCCCCCUUCCACCCCACGCAUUUGCCGGCUUGACGCCACCGCUGGUGGAAAGGGGGGCAUCUGGCUAAGGGGGAGCGUGCCAGAGACUUCCUCUAGAGGAGCUGACCUGUGACGAGACGAAAUCAAUGGGCCUGAAGUGAAACGCAGGGCCCACGGUAAUAUGGUAACGCUAUUGGAGACUGCUUGUGCACCGAUGAUUUCCAAACGUGGUAACUGGCUAUAAAUGUAUAAAAUAAAACAAAAAGUCAAGCAUUGACCCAGCUCACCAAUUGAAUGACCUGAUGGGUGGGGGCAAAUUCCGCGCUCCUCACACCAACAUUUAAUAACUAAAGAGCGUUUGACGAAACGCCCGACUGCUUUAGUCGACUCGACUUGAGGGAGAAUACAACUCGAUGAAAUCCGCAGACGAAGACUGUGUGACUGGAAGAAAAAAAAUACGUUUACUAAAUUGACACUGGGUUAGAGCAUCAUCUUCACCCAUAAUCAUCACCAUCAGCAUCAUGAGCGUCGGCAUUAGUCAGCAACACCACACUCCGCUGGAUAAAAAAAAAAUCCUACACGUGGUGAUGACACUACCGUUGAAGCCAUGCAGAUGAAAUAAAUUUCGUGUCAGCCUGCGCGUGA